UGGUAAGGAGAGGCUGACAUACUGAUCUCUUAAAUCAUGGCAUGUUUAUUAAUCUUUUCACAGAAAGGGACUAGAGAAACCCAAAUCGAUGGAUGAGAAAAAUUUCACCAAAUUGAAGGAGUUUGUACUUUUAGGGUUCACAGCUGUCUUGCAGCUACAGAAAGUGCUCUUUGUCAUCUUCCCCAUCAUCUAUGUCAUCAGUGUCUUAGGGAACGUGACCCUGAUUUCUCUGAUCUGUGUUGAUUCUCGGCUCCACACACCCAUGUAUUUCUUUCUCAGAAGUCUGUCAUUACUGAAUCUCUCAUAUUCUUCUGUCUAUUCCCCCCAAAUCCUAGUGACCUUUAUCUCUGAUAACGAAAGCAUCUCCUUUGCUGGCUGCCUGGCUCAGUUCUUUUUCUCUGCAGGACUGGCCUAUAGUGAGUGUGACCUGUUGGCCGCCAUGGCUUAUGACCGCUAUGUGGCCAUCUCCAGUCCCCUGCUCUGCUCCCAGGCAGUGUCCCCAAGGUCAUGUGCCAGCCUUGUUGCAGCUUCAUACCUUGGUGGCUUUCUGAGCUCAGCCAUCAUCACCAGUGAGACAUUUACCCUGAGCUUCUGUGGGAACAACGUCAUUGAUGAUUUCUUCUGUGAUCUGCCCCCACUUGUGAAGUUGGCCUGUGACGUGAAGGAGAGCCUCCAGGCUGUGCUCUAUUUCAUACUCGCCUCCAACGUCAUCGCUCCUGCUGUGCUCAUUGUCGCCUCCUACCUCUUCAUCAUCGCUGCCAUCCUGAGGAUCCGCUCUGCUCAAGGCCGCCUGAAGGCCUUCUCCACCUGUGCCUCUUACCUGACAGCCAUCACCUUGUACUAUGGCUCCAUCCUCUACAUUUACUCCCGGCCAAGUACCAGCUACGCCCUGGAGAGGGAUAAGGUGGUGUUGGUGUUCUAUACUGUGGUGGUACCCAUGUUGAAUCCCUUGAUCUAUAGCUUAGGAAAUAAAGAUGUUAGAGAUGCUGUGAGGAAAAUGAUAAGUAGAUUGAGUUUUCUUAAAUGA